AUGGAUAAAUUGACGGACAAGAUCGCGGCGCUGCCAGCGGACGCGACCUACUUCUCUCUUGAAUUCUUCCCGCCCAAGACUCAGCAAGGUUUUGCCAAUCUCAAUGCUCGACUCUCGCGCAUGGCGCACUCGCUGCGUCCCCUCUUUGUCAAUGUUACAUGGGGUGCGGGCGGCAGUACCUCUGCCAAAUCCCUCGCUCUGGCCGAGCUGACCCAGCGUGAACUCGGCCUAACGACAUGUCUGCACCUCACGUGCACCAACAUGUCGCGAAAGCUGAUCGAUGAGGCUCUCGAACAAGCCAAGGUGCUGGGUGUCCGUAACAUCCUUGCUCUUCGUGGCGAUCCACCGCGGAGUGACGAAUACCGCGAUGAUAGCAUGCCGGACGCGGAAGGCGACGACAGCAACAAGGACUUCACUUGGGCGGUGGACUUGGUGCGGUACAUCCGUAAGCAGUAUGGCGAACACUUUUGCGUGGGUGUGGCCGGAUACCCCGAGGGCCAUUCGGAUCAGUCACAUCCAGAGCACCAGUCGCUGGAGCACGAUCUGCCAUAUCUCGUGGAGAAAACGGCGGCCGGUGCGGAUUUCAUCAUGACACAGCUCUUCUACGAUGUGGAGGCGUAUCAGCAUUAUGAGAAGCGAUUGCGAGAGCAUGAGUCCGGUGUCUUCAAGACCAUUCCAAUCAUACCUGGGUUGAUGCCCAUCCAGAGCUAUCAAAUCCUGCGCAGGACAACCAAGCUAAGUCACGCUGCGCUACCUCAAGAGAUGUUGAAGAGAUUGGAGACCAUCAAAGGUGACGACGAGGCGGUUAAGAGAGUCGGCGUGGAUAUACUGAGUGAGAUGGUACAAGUAUUGAAAGACUCUCCAGGUACUGGACCUCGAGGCUUUCACUUCUACACGCUCAACUUGGAGAAGGUAGUUGCACAGAUUCUGGAGCGAACUUGCCUCAUCCCACAAGAGGACGCGGUCGCAGAAGAGGAGGUAAUUGCAGAGGACGAUUUCRUGAUUGUCGACGAGGUCAAGAAAAAGCAGCGCAGACGCAAGUCAUCAAUGGCCAACUCCCAGUCGAGGAAUCGACUGGUUGUGAAUCGAACGCGGGCCUCGAGCACGAGCAGUAAUCGUACAUCUGCUGUUCAUGAGGUGCCGGAUGACGAAGCUGGGAUCCCGCGGGAGCAGAUCAACAGUCGCUCAAACACGCUGGCCAUAUCCGAGGGUGAAGGCGCUCUAGGACGUGAGGCAACGUGGGAUGACUACCCCAACGGUCGUUGGGGUGACGCACGUUCGCCUGCAUAUGGUGAGAUUGACGGUUAUGGAGUAAGCUUGCAUUGUAGUGUGCCGGACGCGAGGCGACUGUGGGGUGAGCCAAAAUCCGUGCAUGAUAUCUCGGAGAGCUUCAGAAGACACCUGGAAGGCGAGAUCGAAGCCAUCCCUUGGUCGGAGGAAGUUUUGCAACCAGAAACUCUUGGUAUCAAGAAUGAACUUCUCGGGCUGAUCAACAAAGGCUGGUGGACAGUCGCCUCGCAGCCCGCUGUCAACGGCGUUCGUUCUAAUGACCCCACAUACGGUUGGGGACCGAAGAACGGAUUUGUUUUCCAGAAGCCUUUCGUCGAGCUCUUCAUACCAUCUGCGGACUGGAAGACUCUUUCGAACAAGCUGUGCGAACACCCACAAAUCACCUACUUCGCUGGCAACGCCCAAGGUGACUUUGUCAGCUCCGGUGAGACCUCGAUCAACCCUGUGACGUGGGGUACCUUUGCUGGCAAGGAGAUUAUCACACCGACCAUCAUCGAAGCCGUGUCUUUUAAAGCCUGGUGUGAAGAGGCGUUCGGGAUCUGGGGAGAAUGGCAAAGAGUGUACAGAUCAGGCUCCGAGAGCAGCAAGCUUCUGGAGCGCAUCCGAAAAGAUUACUGGCUUGUGAGUGUCAUUCACCACGGCUUUCUCGAAGAAGGAGCACUUUGGARCGACUUGCUCGAGGCGUAG